AUUUCCGUGAUAGCUAUUAGUAUUCAAAGUAAUCAGCUCAGGACAGCGCGCUAGAAAAUGAAAUUUUCUGUUAAAAUUUUUUUGUUUAUUCUCGUUGCUGGGACUGCCAUAUCAAAGGAACCAACAACGGAAUCCUCAACAACUGCAUUAAGUCCUUCCGUACGAAAUUGUUAUCUGAAAAAUCAGAAGGAGUACGAAAAGAUUUGCUUGGGAGGGGACUGGCGGCUGAAGACGAUCUGUUAUCGCUGCUGCUUUUACGACAACACCGGACUUGCCGCAUGCAGUGAAAUUCAUGAGGGAAGUUGUUUGUUUUCUGACUAUGAACACUAUAUUAAACCUAUUAUAUAUGUACUUUAGGAAAUUAUAGUAUAGUUUAUUAUGUUUAUUUAAUGGUGAAUCAAAUAAAAUCAUUAACUUGUUAACUGCGCUUUUAUAAUUGCUUUCCAGCAGUCAAAAAUUGUAGUUAAUAUUUUUCUGGUGAAUCUUUCUGACUAGCAGAUAAUAAAGUUAUUGUUAAGUCAUAAAUAAAUUCCCAUUUUUUUUGGUUUCCCAGAAAAAAACAUAAAAUAGGAACUAUGAAUAGAGCAAAAUAUUUUGACUUAAUGUCACUAUAAGCUUUCUGUCAUAAGUCGUCAGCUUGUGGGUAUAUUUCGAUUUCUUCCUUUCUUUGAAGAAGAAAAUUAAUCUUGCAAAAACCUUUUAAAGUCGGAAAAUCCAUUUGCCUAUUUUGCUAAUAUUAUUUUCGUAAUGCAUUCGCACCAGAAGCACGUUCAAAAUACAUCUUUUUAGUCCCAUUUUUCUGAGUCAUUGCCAUUUCAAUUACUCUUACUCACAUCAUUUACUUUGUGCCUGUAGAGUGACGAUUAUGUCGAAGAACAAUGUGUUACAAGGUAAGCGGCGCAUGCGUGCUCAACCACCCGCAAUAAUGCGAUCCAAUUACGCUUUGAAUUCUGAUAAGCAAUUUCGGCGUUUUGCUGCUUGAAACACUGCCACCAGCAGUUUGUUUUUUCCUGAGCACCUAAAGCUCUCUCCCUGUUAAUAUAGUGUUAUCAGUCCUCAGGUUUUGCUACAAGCCAAGCUCAAAUGUGGGGCUUUGGUGAUAGCUAUUAGUAUUUAAAGUAAUCAGCUCAGGACAGCACGCCAGAAAAUGAAUUUGUCUGUUGAAAUUGUCUUAAUUUUGCUAUGUUUUAUGAUGACUGGAAUUUGGACUCAAGAUGUAAGGCCAGAAAUACCAGAGGAUAUUAGGCCAACAACAACAACGACCACAACUACUACAGAGGAACCCACAACAGAGUCCACAACAACUGAAGCGAGGACAACAACCGCAACAGAACCUUCGACAACUUCAACAACAGAAUCGACCACAACUACUACAGAACCCACCACAACUUCAACAACAGAACCCACCACAACUACCACUACAGAACCUUCCACCACAACAUCAACUACCCAAAGGGCAUCAAUACCUCCGACCUAUCGACCCCCCGCUUACUCUACAAAGAAACCUUUGAUUAUGCAACCUGUAGAAAGGUGUUUUCUGAGAAACCAACUAGAGUACAGUACCUGCUGGCCAACCCCACCGACGACAGCCUGUUAUCGCUGCUGCUACUACUACGACAGCCAUAUCACCGAAUGUAGUAAGCUUCACAAUUUUCGUUGUUCGCCAUAUGAUUAUGAGAAAUUGAAAGUACACGUGAAUUGGAAACAAGUAUAAUAAAAACGAAAUUGAAAUGAAUGAACUGAGAAAAUAAACAGUGAAUAACUUUAACAGACUUUUGUAUAUUCAACAGACAAGUCUUAAAUGAUAACAAAAUAGAAUUCGUAUGGAAACUGUAAAACUUUUUUGUUGUUUAAAUUUUAGUAAAAUUAAAACAAAUUUUUAUACCAACUAA